AUGAACACGGGCAGGGCGGCCCAAAAGUGUGGGCCACAGACUGUCGUCCGCGCUUUUGAUAAACUUAGUAUCCCAGAUAUAGAAAUAUGUUGUAGCCAAAGCGAUGUCCAAAUAACUAAAUGUGUUUUUAUACUUGAUGAUUGGACUAAUACUACAUCUAACAAUUGUACCGAUUUUAUCCAACAUUCUCGUAUUAAGGACAACAUUUAUUGCUAUCUUUUUGAAACUAAUAAUACCUAUUUUUUCGGUAACCCUGAUUCUGGAAAUAAUCUUACAAGGCCAUGGGUGCGAAACAUUGAUUUUUAUUUCAAAAUAGAUAAUAUUACAAACAUUACCUCCAAAUACAUAUCUGUAGGUGCUAUUUCCGUACAACUAAUGGAUCCAAAUUUUAAUCCCUUAUGGAAGGAAAAAGCAGCAAGCAUCGCAGAUUUGUAUGAGAAUCAAACAAUAAAAUCACAAAUUAAUGCAUUUGCUGGAAUUCAAAAUAUGACAACCUUGGCAUAUUUUACGAAACAAACCAUUCAAACUAUUUUACCUCAUGAUAUUUUUGCAAUUUUCGGUACAACUCCUAAUUAUCAUAAUAUAUCUUACUUGAAUGUGAUAUCAAAAUAUUUUCCAUUGCAUCCAAACGAAGACGUCUCUGCUGGCAAUUUUCAUGGUCAUUUUAAUGUUGGUCCGGGUAGUUUCAUUCAUGAUGUGCAAUCCGAAAAGCUUUCACAUACAGUUCUUUUUGCCCUCGGCUUGUUUGGUGGUGGUUUUGGAUUGAUAAGUGGAAUUUAUAUCUUGCUUUUUGGACAAUUAAGAAAUAACCCUUG